AUGGAAGAGAUUACUUCGAGUCCGCUGUCAAAUGUGACGGCGUCGUCGCCGCUGUCAAGUCUCUCCAAAACCCCGUCUCUGCCCAGCUCGCCCGACGCGCAACCAGACGCCGGGGUCCGAUAUCCCUCGCCAACGUCUACAUCGACCUCGGGAACGCAAUCACCCAUCAAGUUGGGCGAACCCGUCGACGACAGCCCGCGCCCUGCCAAGAAGAGACGCAUUACGCCCCCCCGCGAGCGUAUCACCACCUACCUCAACUUGAUGAAGUCACACGACGAGUUCAGCCAUGAGGACAACUUCCACAUGGAGAGACUGCUCAGUGCGCUGCGCAAAAAGAAGAAGAUUGUCGUUGUGGCCGGAGCUGGCAUUUCCGUCUCAGCUGGCAUUCCCGACUUCCGGUCGUCGACUGGACUCUUUGCGACCCAGCGCAGCCAGCACAAGCUCAAGGCCUCGGGCAAGCAUCUGUUUGAUGCCUCUGUUUACAAACACGAGUCGUCCACCUCGUCAUUUCACACCAUGGUUCGAGAAAUGAGCGAGAUGAGCAAGAAUGCCCAGCCUACGCCCUUCCACCACCUGCUGGCUUCCCUUGCUCAAGAAGGACGUUUGCUACGCCUCUAUUCACAAAACAUCGACUGCAUCGACACGUCAAUGAAGCCUUUGCAGACCCAGAUUCCGCUCGAGCCAAAAGCCCCCUGGCCGACUACCAUCCAGCUGCACGGAAGUCUGGACAAGAUGGUGUGCACCAAGUGCGGUGAUAUUCAACCGUUUCAGGGCGACAUUUUUGACGGGCCCGAGGCACCGCUGUGCGAAUCCUGCAAAAACCUCGAUGAAGUGCGCACGGCUCAUGCGGGCAAGCGGAGCCAUGGAAUUGGACGCUUAAGACCGCGAUUUGUGCUGUACAAUGAGUUCAACCCCGACGAGGACGCCAUUGGCAAUGUUAUGCGAGCCGACCUGAGGGCCCGGCCGGACGCGGUCCUGGUGGUGGGCACGACACUAAAGGUACCGGGGACACGACGACUUGUGAAGCAAUUAUGCCAGGUUGCGCGAGGCCGCAAAGAUGGUCUCACCGCCUGGCUCAACAUCGACCCGGAGCCAAAGAUUCCCGAUUUCAAGGACUGCUGGGAUCUCGUCGUCAAGUCAACGUGCGACAAUAUUGCCAGAACAGGAACGGGAAAGGCUCUCAUCGCCACCAGCCAAAUUCGAAGUCCAACUCGACGGCAAAACAACACCCGCCGAGGACCUCCAGGCGAUCCCGACUCCGCGUGCAAGCCCGCCGCCGCCGCCGCCGCCGCCGCCGCGAUCCCGACUCCGCGUGCAAGCCCGCCGCCGCCGCCGCCGCCGCCGCAGUCCUCGGGCAGAAAACCUUUGCCAGAGGCAAAACAGAGCAAGCUCCCCUUUGGCACUCCGAAGUCUACCACACUCAUCAAAGCAGGCAAGAGUGCCAAACCUCGCGGCAAAAAACCAAAGCAACCUAACAAGGCCCCACAACCACCUCCCACAAAUCCCCUCUUGCAGACGUUCAAAGCAUCCAAAAAUGUAUCAGAUACUGCCUCGGCCAAGAAGCUGGGAGGCCGUUCGCCGCUGCCAGAUCGCAAGCCUUUCAAAGAAGAGCCGAACUUGGUGGUAUCGCUGCCGUCUCCUGGUCAUGAUGGCAAGACCCCAGAGAGGAUUACUAACAACCAUACUGCAUCUCCCACGAGUCCGACGAUGCCGGAACACCAACUUGGCGAGACUAUUUCGCCAAAAUCCAUCCCCAAUAACAUGCGCAACCUAAUUGAUGUCUCUUAA